AUGCUAUCUCUUUAUUAUUUUCUUGUGCUGAUAGGAGGAGUUGUACCACUUGUCGCUGCACAUUACCCGGAUCAUGAAAUCGACUUUCCAAGGCAUUGUGUCAAUUUCGGCGCGUCGCUGAACCUUCCCAACGUGACGGUGAAUUUCGCUGAACACGUGCCAGCAGGGACGAACUUGACUUUCUCUCAGGACUAUGGCCUGGACACAUGCCAACGCCCAUAUCAAGUCGUGUACACAAAUACCUGUCGCAUCGCUAUGAAUGUCACGACAUCAAACCGAUCCAGUCUUAUACUCGAGGCGUGGUUCCCAAAGAAUUGGACUGGCCGGUUCUUGAGUACUGGAAAUGGAGGCCAAUCAGGGUGUAUCCAGUACGAGGAUAUGGCCUAUGCAGGCGGACUAGGAUUUGCAUCAGUCGGCGCAAACAAUGGACAUAAUGGUACAGGCGGUCUGGCAUUCUUCCACAACCCCGAUGUUGUGAUCGACUUUUCAUGGCGCUCGAUGCAUACUGGCGUGGUCCUUGGCAAAGAAAUGACAAAGCUCUUCUACGGAAGGCCAUACACGAAAAGCUACUACCUGGGCUGCUCUACUGGUGGUCGACAGGGUUUGUACGCAGCGCAAGAAUUUCCUAAUGACUUCGACGGAAUACUAGCGGGGUCACCGGCAAUUGACCGAAAUGCCUUGGUAGCAUGGAACGGUCAUUUCUUUGGGAUUACGGGAAAUUCGACAUCAAAUACUUUUGUUUCUGCCGCUAAAUGGGCCACUGUUCAUACAGAGAUUCUGAGACAAUGCGAUGGCCUUGACGGUGUAUUAGAUGGUAUUAUCGAAGAUCCAACACUAUGCUAUCCUCGGCCAGAAGCAUUGCAAUGCGCUCCUGGCAUGAAUACUUCCUCAACGUGUCUCACGAGUGACCAGGUAUUGACUGUUAGGGCCGUACUGAGUGAUUAUAUUGGAGAAGAUCGACAACUUAUUUUCCCUCGGCUUCAGCCAGGUGCUGAGCUGGGAGCGUCAAAAUCUGUGUUAGGAGCUGCACUAAUCUUUAUUAAGGAUUGGUACAAAUACGUUGUGUAUCAAAAUGCUUCAUGGGAUCCCGCUAGCUUUAAUAUCAAAGAUGCUACUUAUUCAAUCGCACUAAAUCCGGCGAACAUUGCCACUUUUAAAGGCAAUCUCUCAGCCUUUCAAUCCGCUGGUGGGAAAGUGAUGGUUUACCACGGCCAACAAGACGAUGUAAUAACAUCUCCGAACACUGCACGUUAUUAUAACCACGUCUCCAAUGUGAUGGGUCUACCUAGCAAGGAUCUUGAUCCCUUUUUCCGCUUCUUUCGCGUUAGUGGGAUGGGUCAUUGUUCUAAGGGACCUGGAGCUUGGCAAAUUGGACAGACGUAUAUAGGGGCACAGGGAAACGCUGUGGACAGCCAACAUAACGUUCUGAUGCGAUUGGUCGAUUGGGUGGAGAAUGGGGACCGAGGUGCACCAGAGACUAUUACUGGGGUAAAAUAUGUCAAUGUAAACUACCCCGGAACAGAUACUAUUGCUCUUGGGGUUGAUUUUGUGAGGAAUCAUUGCCGUUAUCCGCUUAGAAAUAUUUGUGUGGAUGCUUCUGCACACAGAGACCCUAGAAGUUGGAGGUGUGAAUAA